AUGGCAGUUCUUUGUUACCCCAGAUCGUUCCUUCGAAUUUUCUUUCCUGAAAGGGGAGUAUGAUGGCGAAUUACAACGCAGUCACAGUUGCACAGACACUACAGCACCUGAUGUCGGACCUUACAGCCUCCAUGCAUGUCGGUGACCUAAUAUACGGUGUAGUGGGCGCUUCUCGGCCAAGGUUUAUGGAUAUAAGAGCUACCCUUUCCCCAAUAUGUCUACAGCGUCAUUUAUUGAGCGUUUUGCCCCCUCACUGACAGUCUCGACUCUCAGAGGUCUUCUUUUUAGCGCUGCGCCGCUUAGGCCAUAGGCUCACUUCACUCGAAAAUGGUAGUGCCAGCGCUGACUGAGACAACCACGAGCUUGGCUGAAUUUCGGAACGCGUACAGUACAAUUUAUGUUGGCUUGGCAGGCUUCACUAUAUUAGUCUGGGAUCACUUAAUUACAUUUGAUGAUGAGGUGGAAUUUAUAUGGAAUCAACCCAAAGGCCGCUUGAUAUAUCUGUUUUUCUUCAAUCGGUACAUUACACCUCUU